AUGAGAGCGUUAGUGUUUAGUAGAAGAUUUUUUACAGCUACAAAACUCUUGAAUGAGGUGAAAACUCCAUUGGCGAAGUCCUAUUCCAACAUAUUUAAUCAUUCAUGCUUCGUGCCGUUAGCAAAGAAUAUACCGUCAAAGCUUGACGGUUUAGAACCAUAUGAGGUAUCUAAAAGGAUAAUAGAGGCUUUAAAUGAAGCGAACAUUACAUCUGACGAGGCUGCAGGGAUACAUAAUAAGAUGAUUGAGGAACUGUCAAGAUACAACUAUGGUAUUGCAACAAUUCAUUCUGAGAAACUGGGUGACAUAUCUCGCAAGAUAACAUUGAAUGCAUUAAUAGAAUUGAUACGGAAUAAUCCUGGCAGAGUUAAAACCAGUUGGGAAAUAUUUAUGGAUCACAAAGAGUCUUUCGAUGAGAUACCUGACUCUUUGAUUCAGGUAGUUAUGGAUAAACAGUUGAACGCUAAUGAAACUGAAUCAUUGAACAAUCAGCGUGAGCUGAAUAUGAUGAACUUAGUCCAAAUUCUAACAUUGCUUGGUCAAAUUUCCAAUAGAUCACUUGUCAAUAUUGAACUCGUGGACAAGUUAACAACGCUCUUAUUAGAAGGAAAUGCAUCCGUUUUGUUACCUUUCAUACUACAAUUUAAGCCAGCUUUAUCGACUUUUGAUAGAAAUCUCGUCCACCUGACCCCAUUCCAACUUUACGAAAUUUCAAAAUGUUAUAGUCAUGAAGAUCUACAAAAGUAUCCCGAUUUAUUCCAUAAAAUAUUGUUAGUUUUGGGCAAGAACACUUCGAUUUUGUUAACUAGUGAAGAGCAAGAAAUAUCGCAAAUUUUAGAGCAAAAUUUGAAACUUGUAAAUAGUAGAUUCAAGAACAGUCGAGUUUCGUGUAACUCAGUUGAUGGCUUUAACACAGAGAAUCAGUUUUUUCAUUUGGUUGAACAAGUCAUUGAAAAUGGCACCUAUAAGACUAACUUUCAGUUGUGUAAAUCUAUCCUGAGAUUAGUCGGAACUCGUGAGGGGAAAACAGAUGAGUUUUUGAGACUGUAUGAUAUGUUUGUAAAAACUAGUUGUUCCCCAACUGAUGAACAGGGGAUCAUGUUUGAAGCAUUUCUUGCCUUGUCUUAUAGUGGAUACAAGACGUCGAAAAAGGAAUCCUAUAAUUUGGCCAAGACUUACAUUCCGGAAAGUGUAAGUAAGCCAAUGUAUGCAAAUAUUUUGAGAGUUAUGAUCAUUCUCGAGUCAAAAUUUGACAUAAAUGAAGCAUUGAAUAUCUACAAUUCGAAUAUUCAAGAGUUACAGAGAGAAAAGGACAAUGCCACGCAACUCUCUUCUGCUGAUGUCGUCACAGAAGCUCUAAUACUAGCAUUCCUAACUAAGAAAGACGUAGAUUUUUCUCGAGUAGUAUUUGAUGGUGCUCUAGGAGAGAAAAUCCUGUCGGGUGCCACAGCAGUAAAAAGAAUUAAGAAGAUGUUAUCCAACUAUGGCGAAGCGGUAGAAAAUGACAAUUUUGACGAAUUUUUGCAAAAUGAGGCCCUCUCCUACUUGGCAAAUAUUUGA